GAAACCUUUGCUCUCACACACACACACACUUAAAAGCUUUCCUUUCCUCUCUCUCUCUCUCUCUCUCUCUCUCACACACACACACACACAGAAAGAUGGCAAACAAACCCCCUGAAGAAGCCCCGGAAACCUUAAAAUACCAGACAUGGGUCUUGAAGGUCUCAAUCCACUGCGAUGGCUGCAAGAAGAAAGUCAAGAAAGUUCUUCAAGGCAUCGAAGGUGUUUAUACGACGACUGUGGAUUCUCAGCAGCAUAAGGUUACCGUGACCGGAAACGUGGUCGCAGAUACUCUUAUCAAGAAGCUUCAGAGAUCAGGGAAACACGCAGAGCUUUGGCCUGAGAAGAAGGAGAAGAAGUCCGGGAAACAGAAGAAUAACGAGAAACAGAAGGACCAGAAAAAUACUGAAGAAGAUGGCGGCGACUGUGAACAAACAAUUGCAGACAGUGAUGGUGGCGAGAUGGAUAACGAGGACGGUGAAAAUGAAGAGGCUGGUGGAGAAAGCAAUGGUGGAGGAGGAGGAGGAGGAGCUGGGAAAAAGAAGAAGAAGAAGAAGAAGAAGAAAGCGCAAGUUGGUAAUCCCACCAAUGCCGGCGGUGAACAUUCAGGCGACGCACUAGAAGGAACUGUUUCUCCGGGCGGGGCUCCCCAUCCCCAUGACAUGGCCCCACCUAAGGCGGCGAUGAAUCUCAGCCCUCCACGUCAGCACGUGUACCCAUAUCCACCACCAAUGAUUAAUUACCACACUCCUCCAUAUGGAAUGAGUUACAGCACGGCGUACCCUAGCACUAGCACUGCUUCAUAUUAUGCCUUUCCCAAUCCCAUGCAUGCUAAUACGUACACUCGCCCUGAGUUCUACCCGCCGCCGCCGCCGGCAUCUCAUCCAAUUGAUCAUCCCUACGGUGACUACGACGACGACGAAAGUGGAUGCUCAAUCAUGUGAUCGAUCAUGAAAUUAAUUACGUAAUGAUCAUCGAUAUAUCGAGGGAUAAAAUUUUGUAAAGAAAAUAAGGAGGAGGAGCUGUUAAGAGGGUUGGAGGGCAUUUAGUGCGUUGUCUUUAUUUAGCUUUAUUAAUUAAUUAAGUGCUAUGGUUAUGGGGGGUUCGCUUAAACAAGCCAAUUAGUCUGUAAUCUUUGUUUGUUUGUAGGGCCUCAAAUUAAUCUCCUUUUCCCUCCCAUGUACGUCUUAUGUAGUUAUGUGUAAAGUAGAUCUUUUAAUUUGUUUAUGACAAUCUCUUUUUUCCGAUC